AGGUCCUGGCAGAGAGCAAGCAUCUCUUCUUGCCAUAUUCACCACUAAUCAAGCGCGAGGCCGCCAAAUCUGUGUUUCUGUCUUAAAAGUCAAGAAAUCAAGCCGUGACUCCUUAGGCGACCAGUGCUGCACAGAAGGAGAGAGACUUCCCUCGACUCAGUUCUUCAGCCGCGUCUUCAGCUCUCAGACGCCGUUCUCUCUUGCUUUCGUACCUCUGUGUUGUUGUAAUCAUGGCCGCCACAGCUGUGCUGCCCAAAGUCGAAGAGCGAGACGUCGACAUGGCCGACGUAAAGCCGAAACGCUCUCCGUCUACCUCGGUACCUCCCACGCCGAAAGACGAGCUACUCGACGAGGACAUGAAGCUCUCCGUCUCGCCAGCGCCGAGUGCCAUGACGUCCAUAAAGGUCGACACACCCUCGCGCUCAUCAUCAACUCCCAUACCCACCAUGCCAAAACAGAAACCAGGUCCACAACUCGUCGGAGACCUCCCACGUGCGGAGGAGAGCGCUAUGCGGACGUUUGAGGAGUUGGAGGAGAAUUAUUAUCAGUAUUCUACGCUUGGGAGAUCUAGAGAGGCUCUUGAGAGUAUGACGUGUGAUUGUCAGUUCGUCCCAGGUAGAGACGCCCCAGAGAUGGCUUGCGGCUAUGGCUCCGACUGUAUAAACAGACUGACGCAGGUCGAGUGCGAGGAGGGCGAUUGUCGAUGUAGAGGGUACUGUCGGAAUCAACGGCUACAACGCAAAGAAUACGCAAACGUAGAGAUCGUCCUAACAGAAAAGAAAGGUUUUGGGCUCCGUGCCGGGUCAGACAUCACCAAAGAUGCGUUUAUUUAUGAGUACAUCGGUGAUGUCGUUAGUCAACCGUCAUUUGCGAAACGGAUGCGUGAAUAUGCGGAGGAAGGGAUCCGACAUUUUUAUUUUAUGAUGUUGCAGAAGGAUGAGUUCAUCGACGCAACAAAACGCGGUGGAAAAGGCCGCUUCGCAAACCACAGCUGUAACCCAAACUGCUACGUCGCGAAAUGGACUGUCGGGGACCGAGUACGAAUGGGUAUCUAUGCGAAGAGGAAUAUUAAGAAGGAUGAAGAGUUGACGUUUAAUUAUAAUGUUGAUCGAUAUGGACAUGAUGCACAGCCAUGUUAUUGUGGUGAACCGAAUUGCGUUGGUGUACUUGGUGGGAAGACACAGACGGACGUUGCUGCUAUGGAUGAUCUUUACCUCGACGCACUUGGAAUUAGCGAAGAAGUCGAGAUGUACGGCCUCAAAGGCAGCAAGAAGAAGAAAGGCAGGAAAUUGGACGAGGAUUACGUACCUGUCCUUAAACCUUUGGUCGAGAAGGAUAUUCCGAAAGUCGUACAGGCUAUUAGGCAGACUCAGAGUAGGAAGGUGUUGUUGAAGCUUCUUUCGCGUAUCAAGAUGACAGACGACCAGCCCGCACUACGUCAACUCAUGCGGUUACGUGGGUAUAGCUUAAUGUGUAACAUCCUCGAUGAUAACCUUUCCGACGUCGAUAUCUGCACUAUGGUCCUGGAAAGCUUGUCGACUUGGCCUUUAUUACAGCGGAAUAAGGUUGAGGAUUCUAAGAUUGAGGAACCGGUUGGUGCACUUGCGGAGCAUGAGAAUGAGGGUAUUAGGACUUCGGCGAAGAAGCUCUUAGAACACUGGUCGUCUUUAGAAACGGGUUACCGAAUACCGAAGCGCCUUAAAGCAGACGGAGACGACCCAAACACACCAACAAUCCCCGACGUAAUCACCUUCUCAUCAGAACCCCUACACAAAAAACUCCGCAAGACCGCAUCCGAGGGACAAGACAACGAAGCAGCCAACUCGGAGCUCCUCGCGCGUUUGAAGUUGAAGCCUCUAGGUCGGAAGAACGUCCCUCCUCCACCGCGCAGUACGGAGGGGGAGAAAGGAGAGACUUCUACAAAGCCAGAGAAAGAAUCUUGGUGGGAUGAGUUCGCAAGAAAUUACAAGGAAAACAAGGAUAAAGAUGUAUCCUACGAGAGGUUGGACGCAGCGUCCAUUAUCGCCAAUGCGCAACGCAAAGCUGAAGAAUCGCGGAAACUUGAAGAACAGAGACUUGCUGCUGAGAAGGCAGAGAAGGAGAAAGAGGCAGAGAGGAAGAGUCGAAGAGCGAAGGAGAAGGCGAAGCAGAAACAUAUGUCGACGGAGGAGAAGGAAGCGUUGAAGGAGAAGAGGUUGCAGAAGUUGGUUGGGGCUGUUGUUGUGAAGUGUUUGAGUAAGCAUAGGGAUCAGCUGGAUCAUGAGACGUUUAAGAAGAAGGCGAAGGAACUUACGUGCAUCAUCGCAGACAAAGAGAAGAAAUCCAGCUCAUACCAAUCUGGUAAAUUAGACGCACUCUCGGACGAGAAAGUCGUGAAGAUUAAGAAGUUCGCUAAGGAAUACAUCGCGAAGCUCCUUAGGAAACUCGAGAAGAAGAACAGCAACGGCGAAGUGGGUGGACCAGGGAAACCUUCCGGCUCCGGUUCAGGAUUAGGUUCUGCGAGCAGCUCACGACCCAACACCAACGGCUCCACACCCCAAGAGUCGGGACUGAUGAUGAGCGUGGAAGACGCACUCGACCUCGGGCCAGACGACGACAAUGAGAAUGAUAAUGAAGGAGAAGACGAAGACGAGAAAUCAGGCGACCCUUCACCUUUGUCGGACGCGAACGGUCAGGGACCCGGUCCUGCUGUUGCGGUUGUUGGGCGAGAUGUGUCGAUUGGCGUAGCAGAUGCUGACGGGGACAUACGGAUGAAUAUGAGUGUUGACAGGGGUGGAGGUGAUGUCGCAUCUCCGUCGAAACGGUCGAGGUGGGACGAGCCACCUGCGUCUAGUCGUAGGGAGUUAUGAUAUGUGUAUGUCGUGCUCGUUCCUCGAUCCUUCAAGAAGACUUGAUUCCCAUACUUCCUUUUGUUUGUUUUUUCGUGUCUUCGCUUUUUUUUGUUAACUUUCGUGCAUAUCUGAUUUAUUCUGUUCAUACUUAAUAUUAUUUUGUUCUUCUGGUUGGAGAUUUAGUUGUUUACUUACUUACUGGAGCUUUGCGAAAAUAGACCUAUUUUUUUUUCUUUCUUUGUCGUUCGUUUCACUCACCGCUCACUCCCUUCCGACUGUACCCACCUCGUUCGUCACUCUGUUACUCUGACUCUUACUUCUUUGCAUCUCGAAUUGAAUGCAUCAAUGUUGCUUUUCUUUGUCCCUUUC